GAAGGAUGAUACGGGCAUCGAAGCUAUUGGUGAAUACCAUUAGCUGAUUGCGAACAUAAUCUUGAAGAAAGAUUAUGUACACCGUUGUAUCAAAAGACAAAAGCACAAUAGCAGCACCAGCGCAGCAUCCAAUUGACGAAGACGACGACUACGAGACGAUUCUCAUUUACCGUUCCUAUCCGAAUCCUAUCGAGAUGGCGGAGAGAAAACAUAGGGGGGUGGGACGGGGGAACACAUAAUAUAACGUUUUGGCGCAUGUUUACUAGGUAACUUACAUUGGGAAGGGAGGACACGGGAAAGCGAUUUACAACUUAUACCACUACCACGGGGCUAUUUUACUGCCCUCUUUUCUUUUGUAUCUGGUGUUUUUUUUUUAUUAUUAUUAUACGGGGGGUGGUCACAGACUUUUGUCUCUAUACUGUACCUCGCGAAAGCAGUUAGUUUUUUCUUCUAAGCUAGAUUACUAGUCGAGUUCCGAGAAUUAAAUCUACAAGAUGAAUAAUUCAAGCAAGACAUG